GGGGUCGUUGCUAGCGGGCGCGCAGCAGUAUGCGAUGUUUAGCCGAAAGACCAGAGAGCAGGCUAGAUAUUAGCUAACCGUUAACUGCACUACCACCACCAUUUUGCUGCUGGGCAAACCGAUUACCGUUGGACAGGCAUUUCGGUUGGCCAGGAUUGUUUCUCCGGUUAGCACCUCCAGUGUUUGACUGUAAAUGUGACAGGCCAUAUCAACACAUCCAUCCUUACUAUGGGUCAGGACCGUGGGAAGUAUGAUUUUUACAUUGGCCUUGGAUUGGCGAUCAGCUCUAGCAUCUUCAUUGGAGGCAGUUUCAUCCUCAAGAAGAAAGGGCUUCUUCGUCUGGCAAGGAAAGGGUCAAUGCGGGCAGGUCAGGGUGGUCAUGCAUAUCUGAAAGAAUGGCUAUGGUGGGCUGGUUUAUUAUCAAUGGGGGCAGGGGAGGCAGCAAACUUCGCAGCAUAUGCUUUUGCUCCCGCUACUCUUGUCACCCCUCUAGGAGCCCUCAGUGUGCUUGUCAGAGUUACUGUGAUUGACGGUACAUGUUGUUGCAGUGCGGUCCUGUCCUCGUACUUCUUGACAGAGCGGUUAAACCUGCAUGGGAAGCUUGGCUGCCUGCUUAGUAUCCUGGGCUCCACCACCAUGGUCAUCCAUGCUCCCCAAGAGGAAGAGAUCAGCAGCCUUGAACACAUGGCCAGGAAGCUGGUUGACCCAGGUUUUUUGGUCUUUGCCACUUUGGUUGUCAUCGUGGCACUCAUCUUCAUAUUUGUCGUGGGACCCCGGCAUGGUCAAACCAAUAUCCUCGUGUACAUCACAAUCUGCUCAGUAAUUGGGGCACUUUCAGUGUCCUGUGUGAAAGGACUAGGCAUUGCCAUCAAGGAAGCCAUCGCUGGGAAAUCUGUAGCAACAAAUCCCCUGGCAUGGAUCCUGUUUUUUGGUCUUGUGGGUUGUGUGAGCACACAGAUCAACUACCUGAACAAGGCCCUGGACAUAUUUAACACCUCCUUGGUGACACCCAUCUACUACGUAUUCUUCACUACAUCUGUGCUCACCUGCUCGGCAAUCCUCUUUAAGGAGUGGGAACACAUGGGCACAGAUGACGUGAUUGGAACCCUGAGUGGCUUCCUCACCAUCAUUGUGGGAAUUUUCUUGCUCCAUGCAUUUAAAGACAUUACAGUUAGCUUGGCCACGCUUGCUGUGUCCAUGAGGAAGGAAGAAAGAGCCUUUCCUAUAGCCAAUGGUGUAGCUUCCCACAGUACCUAUGAACUACUGCAUAACGACUCCACUGAUGCCAUGGAGGACAGGGAACUGGGCUUGCCUUUUGAUAGUAUUUCUAGAAGGAAUGGUGCAAUGAUGGCCUCAUAG